AUGGAAGAUCAGUGGACCGAAGCAGAAUACGAAGCAGCCCUCGCGAAACUAGAAGCUCUCACCGACAAGGUACGCCGUGCCAUCCAUGUCCUCCACCCGUCCACCACGAGCAGAACUGACGAUCCCACGCAGUUGACCGCGCUACGAACGACUAUCCCUUCCAUCGUCUCACCCCUCACGCGACCCGCCACUUCCAAACCCGCCGCGUUUGCUGGACUGAAAAAAGCAGCGAUCGGUGCUGUCACCGGCGUUAGAGAUCUCAGGACGGAGUGGGAGAGCAAUGGUGUGCAGGACUUGUUGAAGAGGAGUCAAGCGAGUUACGAGAAAGAUGGGAAUCUUGGACCUGCGGUUGAGGUUCCGGCGUGGGGAUGGGUCAAGGAGGAAGAAGAAGGGAAGAAAGAGGAUGGGCAAGGACAACAGGCGGAUGUUGUGAAGGAGGAGAGGAGUGCUGGAUGA